AUGUCAGUUUAUCUGAGUCAAGUACAAAUAUCAUAUUUUAAAUCAUUUUGUGGUGUCACAACUAUUGAAAUAAUUAAACCAGGACAAUGGUUAUCCAUCAUUGGAAAAAAUGGCUCAGGAAAAUCAAAUUUCAUGGAAGCAAUUGCAUUUGCACUUGGUGAAUCACGAGUCAGUUUGAGAUGUAGCAAAAUAACUGAUUUAGAAUAUAAAGACAGUAAUGGUCAUUCAGAUCCAUUUGGGCAAACAUAUGUUGCAGUCACUUUAAAACAAAAUUUAGAGACAAUGAAAACAUUUAAACGUUCAAUUGAAAAUAAAAAAUUUAUAUUCUACAUUGAUGAUGAGGAUGUAUCAAUGGAUGAAUAUGUAGAUGAAUUAAAAAGUCAUGGAUUAAAUAUUGAUUCAAUGAAUUUUUUGGUUUAUCAAGGAAAUAUUGAUUCAAUAAUUGAUUCAACACCAAAAGAAAGAACAGCAAUGUUUGAAGAAAUAAGUCGUUCAAUUGAAUUUAAACAAGACUAUGAUAAACUUCGUUUGGAAAUUGAUGAAAUGCAAUUAACAUCAAUGCAAUUAACAAAAGAAGCAAAACAUUUGGUACAACAAAAACAUUCAUUUGGAUUGUCUAUUGAAAGAACAAGAAAACGUGAUCAAUUGGUCCAAAAAUAUAAAAUGAUAAUGAGCUAA